AUGUGUCCCGUGGCCGUCGCGUGCGACUCACGAGCCGCACUGCAGGCCGUGGCGAAACCGGAAGGGGCGGGCUUCGGAACUCAACUGCUGGUCACCAAGCUGCAUGCCCUCCUCGCCAGUGGCGUCGAUGUCUCCCUGCAUUGGGUCCCAUCUCAUGUGGGUAUUCAGGGAAAUGAGCAAGCAGACGCACUGGCGAAGGAGGCACAUCACUCUACCGUCGCUGUCUGCCGUGCUGUGGUCGCCUCAGACUAUUCGAGGCUGACCUUGAGGCGGUUGUUGCUACGCUGCCACCCCGACGAACGUGUGGCCAGGCUGGAACCUCCGACCCGGCUGCCUGACAGGGGCCUCAUUGAUCACCUGUUGUGUGUGUGCCCAGCGCUUCAAGCACAACGAGCUGCCUUGCUCGCCGCACUCCGUCGCCAGGGUAUUCCCGCGGCUACACAGAGAGACCUCCUUUUCCCUGCACAGCACCACACCCAGGUUUUCAAGGCGGUUCUUCGCUUCCUUGAGGACACUGGACUGGCCAACCGGCUAUAGUAGCCGCCCGCCGCGUCCUCGGUCGUGGACAGCAUUCCUCCUCUCCUUCUCCUCCCUCUUCCCAUCUUUAUC